GCGAGCUACUUUUAGAAUAUAAACAAAUAAUGGCGUCGAUGCUGACGAGAAAGCGAGGAAGGCCAUUUGGAGGCAGAUUCACGCCGGAAGAAAGGAAAGCAAGGAAGAGAGAAAACUGGAGGCUGAGUUCCAAGGAAAGAGUCCACAUCGGAAAUCAUGUCGCGCGGUGGAAUCGCCUGAAGAGUGCGCUGGGUUUUAUGUAUAGCAAACAAGUAGCUGGCUAUCUGUUGGACAGAUAUGAGAAUGAUGAAUAUACACAGAAACUGAUAGCAAAAAAUAGUAAUUGUCACAGAAAUAAAAAAACAUCAAAAACCAACACCGGGUCAACCACAGAAUCUAACCGAAGGCAAACUGGACAGACAACCGGUCAUGAGAGGUCAAACGGACAACAAAGCAAUUCCCCAAGUUCUAAGUUUGACAAUCCAUCCAAGGACUCUGAAGAAAUAAGUAAUGAUGUCUCACUUCAGUUAGAAGUUGAUGACGGAGCAGAGACUAUAGAUGAGGACCAGUCUGCUGAUGACGAUUCUACCAGUGACCUUGACCUUGAAGAUGAUGAGGAAAUAGAAAUAAAGCAGGAAUUGGACUCUGAGGAAUACACCCCACAAAACUCUGGAUCCACCACUCAUUCAGAGAGCAGCAUAAUCCAAACAACAGCCAGUAGAACUGAUGAGUCAGGGGGAGAUAAUCCCUCCCACAUCAUUACACAAGUAAAACAGGAACCUGUUGAUAAUCAUUCUGAUUCAUUGAAUUGUGUGUUAACAAGUGAUACCAGUGAGAAAAGCAGGGAGGGACUAGAAACAAUAAAGACAGAACCAGGCAGCUCCCCAGAGAGGGACAACAGUGGACCGAGGACUUCAAGUGCAAAGGCAACUCCAGGAGUUCAUCCUUCAGUCCUAGCACAGAAUGUUCCUCAGAACACUGUUCUGUUUGCACACAGGAUAAUAAGGACUGUUAUACCUGUGGCUAAUGUAGCGUCCCCUGUGAACACAGACUUAAGGGGAAAUACAGUACCCUUACCAAUCAAAACGGUGAGAGAAGGAAAAUCUCUGUAUGUACGGAAUGAUUCUAUACCUCAGACAAUAUUAGUAAAUCCUCAGACUGGGGAAACACUAAUCCCUUCACUGGGAUUGACCUCCCAGAUCCCGGGAAAUAAUCCACUGAGACUGAACCUUCAGGGCUCCACCCAGAUCCCGGGAUCUGUUCCCAGGGCCGCUAAUUUAAUCCCGGGAUCUCUUCCUAGGGCCGCUAACUUUACAGUGUUACCUAGUGUAGUCCAGAGGGGCUAUAUAUCCUCACAGCCUUACAUUGUGACAGGAGGACAGCAGGGAAUGAUGGGGAGGCAGCAAACUGUAGCAGGAGGGCAACAGCCUACAGGAGUACAGCAGGGAAUGAUGGGAAGGCAGCAAACUGUAGCAGGAGGGCAACAGCCUACAGGAGGACAGCAGCAUGUAAUAGGAGCACAGCAGCCUAUAAUAGGAGCACAACCUAUGAUAGGAGCACAGCAGCCUACGAUUGGAGUACAACAGCCUACCACCAGAGGGCAGCAACCUAUAAUAGAAGGGCAGCAGAAUACAUUAGGAGCACAACCUAUGAUACGAACACAUCAGCCUACUGUAGUAUUACAGCAGGUUUCAGCAGAGCUGAUUGCAGAGGGAAGUAAACUAAAGAGGUCACUGUCUGAUAAUGGUGAAGUGGCCAGGACCAGAAAAAGAUUUGCCAGUGUUGAUGAAAAGGAAACGCAAGAAGGGGAAAAGUCCAAGACAGUGCUUGACAAUGAUACUAUGCCUGAUGGUAAUCUUAAUGAGGAUGACGAUGAUACUCAGUCAGAAGCUGAUGAUUUUGAUGACAAUCUGAGCCAGUCCUCUGGCAGCAGUGACGAUACGGACACACCGUCAAAUCCUGCUUCACUGAAACGCUCCAAAGGAACAGACAAUUUAUUACCAGGAGGGAAGAAGAAGAGAUUCACCACGAGUACUGAGGAGGAAAUCAACCAGUUGUUUGAGGCGCGACAAACCUACGGCACAAAGAAGAACACUACCUGGGGAUGUAAAAUGAUGCAGGACUGGAGCCGUGAGAGGAGAGGGGAGGAGAUAGAUUUUGAGAACGUCUCCCCCGCCCAGCUCAACAAGCUACUGGAGAAGUUCUACUGCGAGGCGAGGCCAGAGAAAGACGGACAGGUGUACCACAAAAACACACUGACAAACCUGAGGGCGGCCAUCAACCGCAAACUGGGGGACUUAAAGAGAAAUGUAGACAUAGUGAAGGAUAAGGAGUUCAGGUCAUCUAAUGGGGUGUUAGCUGGCUUAUUUAAGGUACGGGCGAGGGAGGGCAUAGGAGUGUCCAUGCCGCACAGAGAAAUCAUCGAGAAAUCUGAUCUAGAAAAAAUGGCCAGUUAUUUUAAACAUGCACUGUUGAACCCGAUAAUUCUCAGACAAUGUGUUUACUUUCAUCUGACUGUCCACUUUAUUUGUCGAGCUCACGACUUCCGGAGGGACAUGAAGAUAGACUCCUUCACAUUCAUCAGUGAUGACAGCGGUGAAUACGUCAAUCACGAAAUCCGACUAAAAGGUGUUAAAAACGCAGAAAUAACCAUAGACAAGCGCAUGUACACCACAGAUGAAGUCGCGUGUCCUGUAAAAAUGUUAAAAUUACUUAUAGCUAAAACUGACAACGGUGCCUCUGCUCUCUUUAAUAACCACAGAAAGGACUCGAUGUGUCUGCCGAGGAGUAUGAAUAAGUGGUACAGGGCCGCGCCCCUCACACAGGGGACCAUGAGUCGCUUUAUGAAGGACAUCAGUCGGGGGGCAGGGCUGUCACGGGACUAUUCAGGUCAGUCUUUGCGGGACACUGCCAUCCAGCACCUGACGGACGAGGGCUUCGAGGCUGAAGACAUCCUCUACAUGACUGGGUAUAAAAACCGUAAAUCUCUCAUGUCUAACCACAGGAGGAUUUCUUCAUCACUGAAAAGGAGUCUUAGCUGCUCAUUAUCUAAUAUGAUGAAACCAUCAGCAAAUGAAUAAUAAAAUUCUUGAAAUAUCUCUGUGUCUUGAUUAGGCCAUG